AUGGAUCAACAAUUCACUGACAUGGUUAUCGCCGCUAUGGGCCCUAAGACCACCCCUAAGAUGCGCAGAAUCUUAGGUUCCCUCAUCCAACACAUCCAUGACUUCACCCGUGAAAACCAAGUCACUGUCGAGGAAUGGAUGGCCGGCGUCGACUUCAUUAACCGCAUUGGCCAAAUGUCUGAUGCCCGCAGAAACGAAGGUAUCCUUGUCUCUGACGUUUUCGGUCUCGAGUCUCUGGUCGAUGCCAUUACCUACCACCUUGAGGAAUCUGACCACACCUCUACUGCCAUCAUUGGUCCCUUCUAUAGACCAAACUCCCCUAAGUACCCCUAUGGUGCUUCCAUCAUCCAAAAGGAUCUUGGCGGACAAAAGGCUUGGGUUCACGGAAGAGUCACUGACACUAAUGGCAAGCCCCUGGAGGGCGCCGAGCUCGAAGUCUGGCACACUGCUCCUAACGGUCUCUACGAACAACAAGACCCUGAACAGCCUGACUACAAUCUCCGUGGCACUUUCACUGCUGACAAGAAUGGUGAUUAUGCCUACGUUGCUCUCAGACCCACCAACUACCCCAUUCCUUACGACGGACCUGCCGGUGACCUUCUCCAGCUCAUGGACAGACAUCCCUUCCGUCCUUCCCACAUUCACUGGCGCGUGACCAAGCCUGGGUUCCGUUCUCUUAUUACCCAGAUUUAUGACUCUGACUGCGAGUAUGUCAAGAACGAUUCCGUCUUUGCUGUCAAGCCCGAACUUGUUGUUCACUUCAAGCCUGCCUCGGAGGAAAUUAAGUCCAAGUAUGGUGUUGAGUUUGAUCUUGAGUACAAUGUUGCUCUGCCCACUGAGGCCCAGGCUCAUGCUCAGAUCGAAAAGCGUCUGGCUGAACAGAAGGCUAAGGAGGAUGAGCUCCAGGCUAAGGCUUCUGCUUAA